AUGCAAGAAGAGUUUGAGAUGAGCAUGGUAGGUGAAUUGAACUACUUCUUGGGUUUCCAAAUCAAACAAUGCAAAGAAGGAAUUUUUAUUUCUCAAACCAAGUAUGCACAAAACCUGGUGAAAAGAUUUGGCUUGGAAAAGGCUAGACACAUGAGAACACCCAUGAGUAUGAAUCAGAAGUUGACCAAAGAUAAGCAUGGAAAAGAUGUAGACCCAAGUCUGUACAGAAGCAUGAUUGGAAGCUUACUCUAUCUCAUAGCUAGCAGGCCGGACAUCUCUUUCAGUGUUGGAGUUUGUGCAAGAUAUCAAGCAACACCAAAGGAGUCUCAUUUGAAAGCUGUUAAACGUAUCAUCAUAUAUGUACAUGGUACUGCAUAA